CUGGUUCUGUCUUGGAAAACAAUACAGAUCACGGCAGCCAUUGACAACAAGGUCACAAAAAAUACCCAACACAAAUACAUGUUUUUAUUUAUGAUCAAACACCUGUGUGUAUUAGUUUUAGUGAAGCUCACUCACGCGUUUCGCUGAUCCUUUGGAUAAAUGGUGAGCGUGCAAAAUAAGUGUUAACUUAUUAAAAUAUUUAACUUAAUAGAGCCUAGUUUUAGAAAUUGUAUGUUUGAUCUGAUAUUCUAGUUUUUCAAGCGCCGCACCACGGUAGACAUCAGAGUCAGAAAAACCUUGUUAAUCCCAAGGGAAAUUGUGUUCGUAACAUACUCCGUACACGACAUAUCACAAUAAAUUAGAAAGAAUAUUAAGUGCAAAAAAAGUGAUCCAAAAGAGCUUAGAAAAACAAUGAAGCAACAAAGACAAAAUAGUCUAGUUUUAGAAAUUGUAUGUUUUGGAUGAUAUUCUAGUUUUUCAAGCGCCGCACCACGGUCGACAUAAACCUCACUCAGAAAAACAACAAUGACAAUACAAUACAUUGCACAGGUCAAAUGUAUUGGAGGAGCUUGAAAUGUUAUUGAUUCAAAAAUGCUGGAUUAAAAAAAAUGGAAUAUCAGAAAAAAUGUACAAAAAAAAUACAAUUUCUAAAUGUAGACUAUUUUAAGAAAAAAAAAUUAAUAAAAAAAAUUUCAUCACCGCAAUAUAAAUUGCACAAUAUAAAUAAACCCUGCAUUAUUGAAUCAAUAAACAUUUCAAGCUCCAUCAAUACAUUUGACCUGUGCAAUGUAUUGCUUCCGAAACAUUUGUUUCACAUGGAUUGAACAGGAGCAGGAGUGAGCGCUUCUGCCCCUGAACAAGGUUUAUGUCUAUGUCUGGUGCGGUGCUUGAGUUUGACAGAUCAUGGGUUGGAGCGACCCAAGUUGUGUGUGUGGUGUCUCCUCACUACAUUUCACCAUUUCUCUGUGGGUGACUGGUUUGGCCAUAAAACCGGGGCCUAAUGUAGCUUUUAUUGCUCAAAAUAUGAGCGGACAAGUGAACGCUGCAGCACUCUGACCUGUCUCCAUACCCUGCUGGAGGCUUCCUGUUCCUGUUCCAUUCCCAUCCAUGUAUCUCUGGGUCCCUCACCCGGAGGCAGGUCCUCUCAGGGGCCUGUGGACGGGCCAUAAAGGUCUUGCCUCCAGAUGAUAUUGUUCCACCGCUGUACGGCUCCGGAGGGGCAGCGCAUUGUUGGGAUAGUUUGAAGAUCUUCUCGGUGAAAGACGCUGCCUUUCAUUCCCGUGCCAGAGAAACUGUUUGCAACCUUCCAGCUGAAGGUUCACGCCUCUGAGUUUGUCCACUCCGUCAUACGCUCUGCACCUUGAAAACACUUGGCUGUUUCCACCCCACGCCCUUCUUCCCCGCUCCGCCACACACACGCCACACUUCUCGAUGUUUUGUGAUGCCCCAAAAUAGAGGAAGGCCCAUCAUAUCUUCAUGUCUGUUUGACUUUCUAUCAUCACGUCGCCAUGGCGACGGCUGCAAUAUAGAUCAGUGUCCAUACGAGAGCCUGGUUACUGUUUAACCUCCCCACCCACAUUUGCCCAGAUUAGGAAAAUCAAUAAGAUAAGAGCGGCAACAGCAGCCUUGCCUUGCACCAACAACGCUCUUCUCACACUCCAACUUUCACGUUUUACACCUUGCGGUAGGACACGCUGAGCAGGUGGGAUGAGGCGUGUUUAGAUAGGAGCGCCGAAGUCAGGAGUCAGGAGGCGUCAUGGUCAACGUAAACACCCCAGUCAGCCCCAGAAUGGAAGCUGCGUUUGACUCUUCCCCAUCUGAGAGUGCCAACAUGAGCAGCGCCGGGCACCUGGCCGCAGGCAGCCUGUGCGCCAUAUGUGGCGACCGAGCCACCGGAAAGCACUACGGCGCCUCCAGCUGUGACGGCUGCAAGGGCUUCUUCCGGAGAAGCGUCCGCAAAAACCACAUGUACUCCUGCAGGUUCAACCGACAGUGCAUUGUGGACAAAGACAAGCGGAACCAGUGCCGAUACUGCAGGUUGAAGAAGUGCUUCAGAGCCGGAAUGAAGAAAGAAGCCGUCCAGAACGAGAGGGACCGGAUCAGCACGAGGAGGUCCAGCUACGAGGACAGCAGCCUCCCCUCCAUCAACGCCCUCAUCCAGGCCGACGUGCUGUCCAGACAGAUCACCUCGCCGUCGCCCAUCCUCAGCAGCGACAUCAGGACCAAGAAGAUCGCCGCCAUCACGGACGUAUGCGAGUCCAUGAAGCAGCAGCUGCUGGUGCUGGUGGAGUGGGCCAAGUACAUCCCGGCCUUCUGCGACCUGCCCCUGGAUGACCAGGUGGCGCUGCUGCGAGCUCAUGCUGGGGAGCAUCUUCUGCUGGGCGUAGCUAAAAGGUCCAUGCUGUACAAAGAUAUACUCUUAUUAGGUAAUGACCACAUCAUCCCCAGAAACUGCUCGGAGCUGGAGGUGGGCAGGGUGGCGGUGAGAAUCCUGGAUGAGCUGGUGCUCCCCUUCCAGGACCUGCAGAUAGACGACAACGAGUACGCCUGCUUGAAAGCCAUCGUCUUCUUUGACCCAGAUGCUAAAGGUCUGAGCGACCCUGGAAAGAUCAAACGCAUGAGAUACCAGGUCCAGGUCAGUCUGGAGGACUACAUCAAUGACAGGCAGUACGACUCCCGGGGCCGAUUCGGGGAGCUGCUUUUGCUGCUGCCCACGCUACAGAGCAUCACCUGGCAGAUGAUCGAGCAGAUCCAGUUUGUCAAAUUGUUCGGGAUGGCCAAGAUAGACAACCUGCUGCAGGAGAUGCUGCUGGGAGGUUCUGCCAAUGAAGCUCCACACGCACCUCACUGCCUGCACCCUCACCUGGUCCAGGAGCACCUGAGCAGCAACGUCAUCGUGGCCGGCAACAUGCCCACACCCAUCCACAACGGCCAGAUCUCCACUCCUGAGACCCCAAUACCGUCUCCGCCGGCUGCCUCCAGCUCUGAACACUAUAAAAUGGCUCAGGGGGUGAUCGCCACCGUGCCAAAGCAGCCCACCUCCAUCCCUCAGCCGACCAUCACCAAGCAGGAAGCCAUUUAAAGUUAGGAUACAGCACCAUGAUAUAUUGCCGAUCUGCUCCAGGGACUCUGCCACGCUGUAAAGUAUCCGCUCUACAGUUGUUGGACGACAGAUUUCUGCUGCAGCAGCUGAAGCUCAGUGCAGCAAGAAAACACUGCUUCCUACCGUGGAGUAUUACAACCAUAUCCGUGUUUGUCCCCUUCAAAGUUCAAAGAUUUAUGAAAUAUUCCGGCCUUUUCUGAGUCCAAGCAUGACAAUUUUUAUGUCAAGGUUUAAGUUAUCCCGCGCCGAUAUUGCUAUUUCGAAAGGUUACGCACGUCCGUGUCACUGAUACAACAUUUGACAUGAGCUCAUGUGAGUGAACGGGUGAAGUGAUGUACGAGUCAUAGCCUUUCAUCACUAUUCAUGACCUUUUCGGUUGAGACUCGAGUGCUCUCGCGCCAAACUUGGUGUUUGGAGGCUUAAGACAGACCAUAAAUCAAAGCAGUGAAAGUAAUAAAAGUAAAUUCCUUGACUGGAUAGAGAGAAAUGUGAAUGACAGAAUGAGACAAAUAUCACGCAACAGCAUCCUCGAAAUGAAUAUUGGACAGACGAAAGGCAUGACAAUAUGAUAUGUUUUGAUAUUUUGAAAUAUGUUACGAUACUUGACUGUCUGGAAAAACCAUCAUCAAUUGGACCACUUUAAAAAUAAAAACAAUUGCGGAACCAAAGUUGUGAACAAGCCAUUGAAAAGUCUUGACUUGGAAUGAAAGAGAAACACCCGAUCUUAACACUCUGUGGUAGUGAUCCACCUUACAGAUUCGUGGCCUCUGCGUAGGUCCUGUUUCCAGAUCCAGACCUCAGUGAAGGACGCGAUGCCAUGGUGGUUCCAGUUGCGAUGUUACAACACAUCUGAUGUUGAAUUGAUGAUGUAUUUUCUACGGGACAGAGUUGACCUUUUUUUUUUUUUUUUUUUUUUUUUUUUUAAUGUUGUAGACAAAAUUCUACUUCACGGAACUCAAAGUAACACUGUGUUUUGUUUUGUAAGCUAGAUUUGUAUAUGUACGCUAGAUGUGUUCCAGUCCCAGGGAAGAAUGCAUGGAGGGUAUGUUUUUAAAUUUGUAUUAUAUUUUUGUUUAGUACUGUUCUCAUGGUAGGACUGACUGACUGUGCCUUGUAACCGGAACUGCCUUUCAAUGUGAAGACAAAUA